CUCAUUAUCUCUUAACUCUGAUAUUAUUCCCAUCACUAAUUCUUCAAAGACUUCAAGUCUUUUCGAUGAGGAGUUGUUCGACACUGAGACUACCAUCAAAAUACGCCCGACGAAAACAGACCAUGGAAAAUACAUUCAUUGUUAUGCAUUCAUGGACAGCGAGGUUGUUGGCCAAGACCUUUCUAAAUUAAGCGUUUACGGCCCACCAGAUGACGCUUCUAUCACCAUUCCAGCGGAUCUGCAAGAUGGUAUGGAAACAAAUGUAACAUGCAGAACAUCUAAUGGAUACCCAGCUCAUCUCAUUCAUUGGUACGUUGGGUCAAGAAACCUUACAGAUAAUUCAUCGCUGGAGUCUUCAUUAAAUAUAGCUGGUCGAUACGAUGCUGUAAGCACUCUGACUUUCGUACCGAAGAGGGUAUACCAUGGACAACGUCUUCUAUGCCAGGCAGUUCAACCUGAAACACCCUUCGGUUGGUCAUUGAAUGACAGCAUGGUUCUGAACAUAUCAUACGGCCCAAUUGCAUCAAUUGCAUUUCGACGACUUAACGUGAACGGUGUUCAUGUUGGUUUCAUAAUGACAUGUACGUCAGAUGCCAACCCUCCUGCUUUCAAAGUCAAGUGGUUCUGUGACUGUACAGAGCUCCAAGGUUGCCACAAUACUUCGUUCAACGACACUCUGAUAGAAGGUGAUACUGUGAAUUCAGCCGAGCUAACGAUCGGAAAGCCCCGUUCAGGAGAUCAUUGUGAGUUCACAUGCGUCGCUAUUUCUACAUUUGGCGAGGGAACUGCAGUCUUAAACUCGUCAUUUUACGGGAACUAUGCAUUUGAAGUGUCUAUCCGGACAGACUCUCUUCCAGUCAUGGGCGAAGAUUUCACCAUGGUCUGUUCCUUCACACCUGAAACCAAAUAUCGGCGAGUGAUUUGGACCAGGGAUGAAUACAUCCAAGUGGCAUCUCAUUCAUGUUGGAUGAAUCAGCUCUGCACAGGGUAUUCCAUUCCAACCCCAUCAAAAUUCAGAUUUUUGGCCGAUAAUUCCAGCGGAAAUUUAACAAUAAUAAAGCUUGACAAGAAUGAUAGCGGCAAUUACCAUUCUCCACCAAACGGAAUCUGUAUUACUACUGGAAGAGGAAACCGCUUCUACUGUAACAACUUCUCUAUCAUAUCUGUAACGGUAAUGGCUGAAGCACCAUAUAGCAUCACAUGUGAAGCAUCACAGGCAAGGCCUCCUGCACUACUACAAUGGCAUAUACCAGAUACCAUGCCCGUUAUUCAUCAGGAUCAGGCAGAUGUCAUUCAAUACGGGUCCUACAACUCCCACAAAGCUUUGACAAUCAUACCCUCCACGAAUGACCAAGGAAAGAUUCUUAGCUGCAUCGCAUCACACCCUGAACUACAUAAUGACCUUCGGUGUUCAAUCAAUCUGAAUGUUCAAGUUUGGCCUAAGAAUGUGUUACUCUUUCCAACUGGAAUUGACCAGUCUCAGUCAUACGAGAUGUACGUCCAAGAAGAUUCACCGACAUCAAUCACGUGUAAAAGUAUUGGAUCCUUCCCAGCAGUUGAGCUAGCAUUGGACCUUCUUCGUGACUCUGGCAUUAUUCCCAUCAAAAAAUCUUCAAUAAAUCCAAAUCUCUUCGAUGAGAAGUUGUUCGACACUGAGACUACCAUCAAAAUACGCCCGACGAAAACUGACCACGGAAAAUACAUUCAAUGUUAUGCAUUCAUGGACAGCAAGAUUGUUGGCCAAGAAUAUUCUAUAUUAAGGGUUUACGGCCUUCCAGAUGACGCCACUAUCACCAUUCCAGCAGAUCUGCAAGAUGGUAUGGAAACAAAUGUAACAUGCAGAACCUCUAAUGGAUACCCAACUCCUCUCAUUCAUUGGUAUAUUGGGUCAAUAAACUUGACAGAUAAUUCUUCGAUGGAGUCUUCACUGAACAGAGCUGAUCGAUAUGAUGCUGUAAGCACUCUGACUUUCAUACCGAAGAGGGUGCACCAUGGACAACGUCUUCUCUGCCAGGCAGUUCAACCUAAAACACCCUUGGGUCGCUCAGUGAGUGAUAGCAUGGUUCUGAACAUAUCAUACGGCCCUAUUGCAUCCAUUACUUCUCGACGACUUAACGUGAACGGUGUACAUGUUGGUUUCAUAUUGAAAUGUACGUUAGAUGCCAACCCUCCUGCUUUCAAAGUCCAGUGGUUCUGUGACUGUACAAAGCUCCAAGGCUGCCACAAUACAUCGUUCAACGACACUCUGAUAGAAGGUGAUACUGUGACUUCAGCAGAACUAACACUUAGGAAGCCCCGUUCAGGAGAUCAUUGUGAGUUCAGAUGCGUCGCUGUUUCUACAUUUGGCGAGGAAAUUGCAGUCUUAAACUCAUCAUUUUACGGUAAGAAAUAG